GUAUAUCACUUCCGAGGGAGAAAGUCACGCCUCCCUCCAAAACUGUCAUCCCAUUCCUCAACUCAACUAAAGUCAAGGGCAGCUGAGAGCGAAGCCGGGGGACGAAGUCAAGGUGAAUUGGAAGUGACAUAGAAGAAUGCUGGCUGCCAGGACCUGCUUUUAUUUCCCAACAAGGACAUUGCAACUGAAGGAUCAUGCCAGUCAUGUGAGGCUUUUGCAGAGGCUGUCUUCAGCUGCUACCUUAGCUGCACGUCGCUCUUAUGCAAGUCACACAGAUGGGGGCAAUAAAGCUGUGCUUGUCACAGGAUGUGACUCAGGAUUUGGAUUUUCAAUAGCUAAGCAUUUACAUGAUGAAGGAUUCUCAGUAUUUGCUGGUUGCCUGUUCAAGGACAAGGGAGAUGCUGGUGUGAAAGAACUUGACAAUAUGAAGAGUGAAAGAAUGAAGACUGUUCAGUUGAAUGUGGUAAAACAGGAAGAGAUCGACAGAGCUGUGGAAAUUAUUAAAGAAAACUUGAAAGACCCAGAAAAAGGUUUAUGGGGUGUAAUUAACAAUGCUGGAAUAUCAACAUUUGGAGAAGUGGAGUUCACCAGCAUGGACACUUAUAAAGAAGUAGCUGAAGUGAACCUUUGGGGCACAGUUAGGGUUACCAAGACCUGUCUCCCUCUUAUCCGCAGAGCUAAAGGACGUGUGGUGAAUAUUAGCAGCAUGUUGGGGCGCAUGGCAAAUCCAGCCCGUUCCCCGUAUUGUAUCACCAAGUUUGGGGUAGAAGCAUUUUCUGAUUGCCUGCGCUAUGAGAUGCACCCAAUGGGAGUGAAGGUCAGUGUGGUUGAACCUGGAAAUUUCAUUGCAGCCACAAGCCUGUACAGUCCAGAAAAGAUCAAAGCUAUUGCUGAUAAAAUGUGGGCCGAAUUACCUGAAACUGUGAAGAAUGAUUAUGGAAGAAAAUACUUUGAUGAGAAAAUCGCCAGAAUGAACACCUAUUGUAAUAGCGGCUCAACGGAUACCUCGCCUGUCAUUAACGCUAUCACCCAUGCCCUAACUGCUACGGCUCCUUACACUCGCUACCACCCUAUGGAUUAUUACUGGUGGCUUAGAAUGCAGGUCAUGACCCACCUGCCAGGCGCAAUAUCUGAUAGGAUUUAUAUUCAUUGAGGAGGAUGAUCAUAAAAUUUAGGUAGUUUCUAAUCAAAUAACUUGAUUUUGCCUGCGGCGUUUACUACCUCGCUUCACAUCGUUGCCAACAUUUAGAAUGUGCUACUUCUUUGACCUGUGCCUUUGGUCAUGGGAAGAAAUUGUGUCUUUAAAUUGUGUCUGUGUAUAGCUUGUAACAUAUAGACAAGACAAGGAUUUUUCCUGUUCUUUAGACCACUGUAACCGUUUUCCCUCUCUCAUUAUAAGGGCUAUAAUAAUAACUGAAUUUAGAGAAGGCUGUGAAAAACUUCAGGUUACUAAACAACCUUUAUGAUGCUAAAAGUAAUAGAAAACACUAGUUAUAUUACGGUAUAUAUUUUUUCUAAAUGCUGACGUACAAUGCUAAAUUAGUCACCCGCUAUGUGAACACCUACCUCAUUCCUGGAUGUGUGACUGCAGAAUAUUAAUGAAAUGCUUGCUGAGUUGUGCAGUCUUUUCUGCUAUGCUCCUCAGGGAAACAUGGCCAUUUGCCUUUUAUUUCAAAUUUUACAUUAAAAGUAUCUAAUAGCUCUAAACCUAUUACUUGGCUGCAUGUUGCUUCUACAAACCUUAACACAUUUUAUAACUAUAUAUUAAUGUUGAAACAUGUACAUCAGCCGUAAUAUUUUCUGUAGCACAGCUGAAUGUUGUAAUAAAAUUAUUUUGUAAGCCGA